AUGGGUUAAGAUGAUCCUUACAUGUUGACAGUUGUGGAUUAUAAAACCAUUAAAGGAGAUGAUAAGAAGACUGAAAUUAAAGAAUAUUACACCAUUUCAAGAAAAGGAUUAUGUCAUUAUAUCAAUGGCAAACCAACUGAAUUUAUACCACUCAGAAAUUGGCUAAGAGAAAGAUAAACCUAUCAUUAAAUUAAGUCAUUAAAAUUCUUUACCAAAUUCAGAAAAUGGAAAACCCUUAAGAUGUGGAAGAGCAAUGUGAUCAAACAUAAAACCAAAACAAUCUAGAAUGCUCUUUUGGACAAGUAUUUCUUAUUGAACCCCAUCAUGAGAGAAACACUACUAACAGUGAGAAAAAACACCUAUGAUAUGAUGGAAACCUGUCGUUUUAUUGGAUUUGAAACAUCUCAUCAACUAACCAUGAGUGAUAGCACAUUUACUUUAGAAUAAUUCAAAUAAUUAUAAGAUCAAUACAGGAAUAAAGUGAGCGGGAAAAUCAGAUCAUACUCUCAAGCAUGUCGAAAAGUUGUGCAAAGUGGAUAUGAUAAAUCAUUGGAUAUCCUAAGGAAAUAAAAUUAUGUGCCUUAAAAUGAUGAAUAAUUUGGUGGAAAUGCUCCAAGAGAUACUGGAACAAAUGUGUUCAGAACAAGAGAAAUUGCAUAUGAAACCUUGUAAUUCCCAGACAGUAUGACUUAUGAGAAAAGAUCAUAGUUGAGGAAGGAAUGUUCAAAAUUCUUGCGUUUUUCUUAUCUAGUAGAUUUCUUAGCAAUGGAAAGUUUGAGCAAUAUCUAUACACUUUCAGUGAGAGAUUUGAUAUCAAAACUAAAAUCUCUAGAAUCCAUUGAUGAUUUUAAUGUAACAUUUGAAGCAAACAACAAACCCCCAAUUCGAUUUGAUGAACCUCUCUUUGUGAUUAAGUUAGAUUGCACCUUCGACUAAAUUCCUGGAGAAGAUAUGUAAACUGAAGACAUUCCAGAAUUUAUACCCUAACCUUUUGGUAAUAGCACUGUUGAUGAUUUUCAUAUACUGUAUCAUGCUCAUUUAUAAGAAGAGAAGACAGAGGAAUAAAAGUAAGCAGAAAAACCAUAAGGAGGCAAGAAGGGCAAGGUUGAAGAUGAUAGUGAGGAAGACGAGACUGACGGAGGAACUUAUGAUGAAAAUAAAAUUUACAAAAGAACAGUGAUUCCCAAUAUUUCUAAGCAUUGGAUUAUAAAGAAACCAUAAUUGAAUACAUUUCAUGCAGACAUUGUAAAGUGUAUAGGAGAAGGAUUGAAUGCAAUUUAAGCGUUUGAGAGAUGGAGCAGACACAAUGAUAUGACUCAAUACGUUGCUGUGUUGGAAGAAUGGGAUGAUAUGGUUGGUGAGGAGUGGGGUCAUCCAGAAUCUAAUUAUUUGAAUCCUUCUGAUUGGUUGGAUUCAGCACCACUUGAAACAUUUACAGGCGUUGUUAAAAAUAUUUUAGAAAAAGCAUUUGAAAGAGCUGAUAGAUAUAUAGAAAAGUACUUUAAUAAGCAUUUAUUGACCUAUUGGGAAGACUAAUAAAUUAAUAUCAAUAUUUUCAAAGAUGAGAAAUUAGCACAUCCUGGAGACACAUUCCAAUACACGAUUGCAGUACUCAAUAUGCAGAAGGAAUAAUUUUAAAAGGACAUUCCUAUUGAAAGUAUGCAGGGAUUGUUUAAGAUUGAUUCUCUUGAAUUAAAAAAGAAGUUGGAACCUCUACCAGCUGAAUUAUUGAAAUCAUUUGAUGCGUUUAUAUAACCAAUGUUAAGAAAUAGAUGCAAAGAAUUAAAGGAAUGGUUGUAAUCAUCAACAGCUGCUUUGAAAGGAGCAACUACAAAUAUUGAUGAAUUUGUUAAGCAAAGUAAUUCAUUGAAAUUGAUUCAAAAAUAAUUAAAUAAAAUCAAAUCUAAGAUUUCACUUGUUGGUCAUAUAUAUAAUAUUCUUGAUGAAUAUAAGAUAGAAGUGAAAAAAGAAGACAAACAAGCAUAUGUAGUUGAUAUCAUUUAAGCAUAAAAUCUAUUGGAAUAAGCUAUUCAUCAUGCAGAAGAAGGAGCAGAAUCUAAACUUGAUAGAUUUGCAAGAGAUGUCCAACAUAUCCUUAUUCCUCAAUUGGAGAAGUAGAUUGGUGCUUUAGAUGGAAUAAUCUAAGAUAAAAAAUACAUUGAUGCUGGAUUGAGUUUAGAUUAAGCCAUUAAAGAGUUAGGAGAAUGUGAUGAACAAUGUAAGAAACUAGAAGCAGAUGCUAAGAAAUACAGACAUUAUGAAAGCACUUUAGGAUUACCUACUUCUUAAUUCUAGAGUUUAGAGGAUUUAAGGAAUGAUUUGAUUUUCAGGUAUUCAAUGUGGAAGUCUACAAAGGAGUGGAUUGAAUUAACUUAAUCAUGGAUUGAUGGAAAAUUUAUAGAUAUCAACACAGAUGAAAUUAAGGCCAAAGGAGAAUAUUAUACCAAGAUUGUCAAUAGAUGUUCUAAGGGAUUACCAGCUAAUCAAGUUUUAGAUGAAUUAAAAGAUAAGGUAUUUUCAUUCAAAGACACAAUGCCUGUUGUCUUGGCAUUAAGGAAUAAAAAUUUAAAAGAUUAUCAUUGGGUGCAAAUCAAAUAAGAGAUUCUGAAAUAAGACUUUGAGAUCACUGAAACAUUUACAUUAAGAAAUUUAAUGGACAUGAAAGUUGGAAUCUAUUAAGAAUAGAUAUAAGAAGUUGCUACUUAAGCCACUUAGGAAGCUGUCUUAGAUGCCUAGUUUAAUGAUAUUGAGUAAAAGUGGAAGGCUCUAGAAUUUACAUGUGUUAACUAUAAGCCUGAAAACCUAAGGAACAAGGAAGUUUAUGUGCUCACUGAAAUAGAUGAAUUAUAAGCUGCCUUAGAUGAUUUCUUGGCAAGUUUAAAUAAUAUAUUGGGAAGUAGAUACUUGAAGAUGUUGAGAAAGAGAGCUGAAAAAUUAUAAAAGGAUGUGUUGAUUGCAUAGGAAACUUUGGAUGAUUGGCUAUAAGUUUAGAAAAAUUGGAUUUAUUUGGAAAAUAUUUUUGCCAGUCAGGAUAUCAAAACAAAAUUGAAGGAAGAAAAUGCUUUGUUUGAAAAUGUCGAUAAACAAUUUAAGGCUAUAAUGAAGAAAACUAAUUCAUAGAAGUAAGUUCAUAGAGCAAGUGGAUUACUAGAUAAAUUUAGAGAAUACAAAGAAACAUUAAAUAGAAUCCAAAAGGCAUUAGAAUCUUAUUUAGAAGAAAAGAGAAUGGCAUUCCCAAGAUUUUAUUUCUUAUCAAAUGAUGAGCUUUUGGAAAUUUUGGCUAAAUCAUAGGAUUUUGAUGCAAUUCAAAGAAAUUUAAAGAAAUGUUUUGAAGCCAUUUAUAGACUUGAAUAACCUGAAGAAGGUGCUAGAUCAGUAAAUGGAAUGAUUUCACCAGAAGGAGAGAAGAUUCCAUUUGUAAAGGGUGUUUCAACAAAAGAAGAAGUUGAAUUGUGGUUGAUGAAAGUUUAAGAUUAGAUGAUUGAAUCCUUAAAGAAGAGAAUGAAACAAGGAAAAGUAGAGAGUGAAACCUAAGAAAGAAAUCACUGGUUACUAAAUUAACCAGCUCAAGUAGUUGCCACAAUUUCGAAUCUAAUCUGGACAUAUGAUACUGAAUAAGCUAUUAAUAGUAUGACAGAUGAUUCUACUGCUUUAUCAAAACACUAUAAUCUGUUAUAUGAGUCAUUGAAUGGAUUGACUGCCUUAGUUAGAGGUACAUUGACUCCACUUCAACACAAAGUCAUAGUGGCAUUGAUUACUUAAGAUGUUCAUGCUAGAGAUAUUGUGGAUGCUUUAACUGAUGAAAAUGUUAGUUCAAUCAGUGAAUUCUCAUGGUAAUAAUAAUUAAGAUAUUAUAUGGAUGAAAAUGAUCUAAUUAUAGUGAGAUAAGUUAAUGCUAAAUUAAAUUAUGGAUACGAAUAUUUAGGAGCUACAACAAGAUUGGUUAUUACUAAUUUGACAGACAGAUGUUGGAUGACAAUUACUGGAGCAUUGAAUAUUAAAUUAGGAGCAGCUCCAGCUGGACCAGCAGGAACAGGAAAGACAGAAUCAACUAAGGACUUGGCCAAAGCUUUGGGAAUGUUUUGUGUUGUGUUCAAUUGUUCUGAUCAAAUUGAAUAUAAGAUGAUGGGAAGAUUAUUCAGUGGUUUAGUUUAAUAAGGAGCUUGGGCAUGUUUGGAUGAAUUCAAUCGUAUUGAUAUUGAAGUGUUAAGUGUCAUUGCUCAACAAUUAUUAACUGUAAGAUAGGCAUUAAUCAGAAGAGAUUAAUAAUUUAUAUUUGUGAAUCCAGAUAAACCAAUCAAUUUAAAGGAAGAAGUGGGAGUAUUCAUUACAAUGAAUCCAGGAUAUGCAGGCAGAACAGAAUUACCAGACAAUCUAAAGGUCUUAUUUAGACCAGUAUCUAUGAUGAUUCCUGAUUAUAAAUUAAUUGCUGAAAUCAUGCUUUAAGCAGAAAGGGUUUGA